AUGGUCGAAUACAUUCCACCCCCAGAUCCUCGAAUUCUCAUCCCUCCUCUCCUCGCCUGUCUUGCUGCCGCCUGUACCUCCCCCAAACCUCCUCCUGCUUUGCUCUCGUUGCUUUCACCAAUUCUUCGCCAACGCGUACAGAUCCUGAGCUCUAGUCCACAGCCUUCUUCAGAUUCAUGGCUACAACUGUUAUGUUGGGAUUCUAGUAAAGCAGUAGAGGUUCAAAAAAUUGUUGAUGCCACCACGUUCGAAGUUCACCCUGUUUCUGGAGAGAUCGAAAUCUCCGAUGACGUCCGGAUCACGUAUAAGCGCCUAGACUCGGAGACCCUUCGAUCGAAACUCCUGAUCGAUGAAUACGAUCUUAUAGUGCUUUACGUAUGGUGUUCCGCGGAUCAAGAGGGGGACGGACCAUGUUGGAAGGUUGCAGAAGUCCUGCCAGGCCAUAGUCUAUGUGAGGAGGCGGCUACCUGGUCAGAAACAGUCGAAGAGGCAAAUGAAUACAAACGGCUGAACAUGCUGAAGGCAGCGUCGCAUGAAAGAGAUAAAGUGUAUAAUGGCGUGUCCAAAUCUACCCAACCCCAGCUAGUGGAGCCCGAGGAGGGAGAGGAGGACGAUGAUGACUACUGGGCGCAAUAUGACAAUACGCCUGGCAGGACACCAGCAAAGCGAUCUCCCGCACCAAACCAGGCUCGAUAUAACGGCAUUGGCCCCGAGCACACCGCUUCGAAUUCGUACUUUGCCAGAUACAACGAAGUACAACCUGCUUUGGACAAUGACGACCCUUCUGUCAACCGGAGUGGGAUCGGGGAGUCGACCUUGAGCGGCAACGCAUUUGGUUCUAUCUUUCAACGGCAAUCAGAGGAGCUUCUAGCUGAACAACGCAGCGCAGCCCCGCUCUACCAAAACGGCAACCAUUCCAUGGACUCUCGCCUACCCUUAAACCACCCGAGGCCCUCGUCGGCGUCCUCUGGCGAUUCAGAGACUGUCAGCAAGCUCGAGAAGACGGCGGAGUACCAGUCUGUCUCAGAGAUGGGAGUGAAGCACCAUAUCUCGUCGAAUAUCAAGAGUCUUUUUAGGCUGGCGAGGGCUACAGGGUUGUCGAAGGCGGAAUUUGACGCUCUUGUGAGGAGGGAGUUGGACUGUCUUAGUUUGAUGGAUGAUGAUGACGCUGAUGAAGAUGAUGAUGGCCGAGGCGUUUAG